AGACUGCCCACAGACAUGCUUAGCAUCAAACUCCCCCAGCUCUUUGACAUCCACCAAGUCCCCAAGGUGUUCCGGGAGGAUGGCAUCAUCUCGGGAUACCGUCACCCCCAAAGCUCCGCCCUGGACUGCAUCCUUAGCAGCUUCCAGAUGACCAAUGAGACAGUCAACAUCUGGACCCACUUCCUGCCCACAUGGUACUUCCUGUGGCGCUUCAGUGUCCUGUGCUCCACACUGAACUUCCUGUCGGAGAGCUACACCUGGCCGCUGCUGGUGUACAUGCUGCUAAUCUGCGUGUACCCCUUCACCUCCAGCUGUGCCCACACCUUCAGCACCAUGUCCCCCGAGGCACGCCACAUCUGCUACUUCUUCGACUACGGCGCCCUCAGCCUCUACAGCCUGGGUUGUGCCAUAACCUAUAGCUCCUAUGUGAUGCCUGACUGCUGGGUCAACAGCUGGCUGCACCAACACUUUGUGCCCAUCGCCAUCUGCAACACACUAUUCUGCACCAGCCUGUCCUGCUAUUCUAGAUUCCUGGAGAUGCAGUUUCCACACCGGAGUAAAAUUCUCCGGACAGGGGCAUUUGUCUUUCCAUUCAUCUUUGACAACAUCCCUCUAUUUUACAGACUGCUGCUGUGCUGCGGGGGCAGCUGCUGUCACAGUGAGGCCCUGCCCAGUCACUGUUACCACCUCCUCUUCGCCUUCCUCACCUGCUUCCUGUUUGCCUCACACCUCCCGGAGAGGCUGGCCCCGGGGCGGUUCGACUACUUUGGUCACAGUCACCAGCUUUUCCACAUCUGUGCCGUGGUGGGUACCCACUUCCAGAUGGAGGCGGUGCUAGCAGAUAUGAACUCACGCAGGGCGUGGCUCAUCGCACAGGCGGCCGUACCCUCCUUCCUGAGUACCCUGGGGGCACUGGCCCUCAGCAUCAUCCUCAACCUAGGCAUCAUUGGCAUCUUCAGUGCCCCUCUGCUGUGGAACCCUCACCACAGUGCCAACCACCCACUGACGCCACCCACGAAACGCAAGCAACAGUGA